AAAAAAGUAUUUCAAGGUAAACAAUACGAGACUUACAAAUUGUUUAAAAUGGAUUUAUCAUCAGAAAACGAUGAUGUACAAAUUAUAGAGGAUUCUCCUAAAAAAAGAAAAACCACUCGUAAAGUCACAACGAAGGUUGCUAAACCAACUGAAAAAAAGGUAACACGUAAACGAAAAGUUAUAGAAUCAAGCGAUGAUGACUUGGAAGAAAAGGAUUCUCCUAAGAAAAGAAAAACCACUCGUAAAGUUACAACAAAGACUGCUAAACCAACUGAAAAAAAGACAACACGUAAACGAAAAGUUGCAGAAUCAGGCGAUGAUGACUUGGAAGAAAAGAUCGCUAAACCAACCACUAAAAAGGCGACACUCAAACUAAAAGAACAACAGUGCGAUGAUUUGGACGACGAUAAAAUUAAAAAACCUAGAUUUGAAUAUAAUAAUAAAUUUGAUAGUAAUGGACGACAAUGGACCGAAGAACAAUGGUUAGCCGAAUCGAAUCAAAUUUCUGUUCCAGUUGCAAGAAAUAUAAUAAAGUUAUUUGAGAAUGAUAAUUCGCUACCAUUUAUAGCACGAUAUCGAAGAGAUUUAACAAAUAAUAUGACUCCAGAAGAUUUACGAGCCGUCAAAGAAUCAUAUGAAAUAUUAAUAAAUGUUGAGAAAAAAGCUGACAAUGUACUCAAAUCACUCAAAACUCAAGGAAUGUUAGAAAAUCGUAUUAAAUAUGCUGUUUUAAAUGCUCGAACUAUUGAUGAAAUUGAUCAUAUUUAUGCACCGUAUAAACCAGGAUCGAAAAAAACCCUUGCAGAACGUGCCAAAGAACUUGGUUUAGAAGAAGUUGCUUUAAAUUACUUAAACGGUACAAGUUUGCAAGAUUUAAAUUAUGUAGCAAAUGAAAAACAGUUAAAAUUUGACGAUGUUAAAGAUGGAAUUAUUAAUAUUAUUACUCAUGUAGUUUCACAUGAUACGAAAUGUUUGGAAAACAUACGAAAAUGGCAAGCAGAGGCUCGAGAUAUUUUUAUUCAUACAAAAAUGAGUAAAUCAAAAACGACCAAGGAAAAGUCAAAUAUAGAACAAAGUGAAAAAUUUACGAAUUAUAUGGAUUUUAAAAUUAAUGUAAAUUUUAUCAAACCACAUCAGGUAUUAGCUAUAAAUCGUGGGGAAAAAUUAAAAAUUUUAAGUGUAAAAGUUCAAAUACCGGAGAGAAUAACGAAAUUAUUUUAUUCAUUUUGUAAUUCAAAUUGGUUAUCGAAAAAUACAAAUUUUUCCGAAACGAAAAUCAGUUGGCUACGAACCAAUAUUUUAAAGGAUGCAUUUACGAAUGCAUUUUCAAAAUACCUUGAACCAUUAAUGGUUCGUUUAAUUAGGACUGGAUUAAAAGCUACAGCUGAAAAAGCUUCGAUAACAGCUUUUGAAAAUAAUUUAAAAGCUAUGCUUUUAACACGACCCUAUCAAAAUAAAAUAUUGGGUAUUGAUCCUGGAUUCAAGCAUGGUUGUAAAUAUGCGUUAAUAUCAGAGACAGGCGAUGUUAUUUCAACUGGAAUAUUUUAUCCAAAUUUAAAAGUGGAUCUGCGAGAUGAUUUUAGUGUAAAAAAAUUAAAAUCAUUGUUGGAAGAUAAUAAUUGUUCAACGAUUGCCUUAGGGAAUGGUACGGCUUGUCGCGAAACCGAACAAUGGAUAACCGAAUUAAAAUCACAAAAUAUUUUAUCAAAAAAUAUCAAAUACACAAUUGUCAACGAAAGUGGAGCCAGUAUUUAUUCGUGUACGGAAGAAGCCUCUAAAGAAUUCCCAAACAUGGAUACGAAUAUAAUAAGUGCUGUAUCAAUUGCACGUCGUCUCCAAGAUCCGUUAUCCGAGUUAAUCAAAAUCGAACCCAAACAUUUGGGCGUUGGUAUGUAUCAACAUGACUUAAAAGAGAAAACAUUAACAGAAUGUUUGGAUGAAGUAAUCAUGGAAUGUGUCAGUUUUGUUGGGGUUAAUUUGAAUACUGCUUCGGUCACCCUGUUACGACGAGUAUGCGGUUUAAAUCAAACUCGAGCUACAAAUAUUAUAGAGCAUCGUCAAAAAAUUAGUUAUUUUAAAAAUCGUCAGCAAUUGAAAGAUGUGAAAGGAAUUGGGGAUAAAGUGUUUGAACAGUGUGCUGGAUUUUUGAGAGUUGCACCAAUUAGUGCGGAACAGGAAAGUAGUUUUUAUAAAAUGAAAGAAGUGAAUCGGUUGGAUCGUACUUGGAUACAUCCUGAAUCCUAUCAUAUCGCUGAAAAGCUUUUAAAGAAAUGUCGAUUAAAUAAUGAAGACAUUUUUACCGAAAAAUGUAUCGAAAAACUUACAGAGAUUUUACCGCAAAAAGAAAAUUUUGUUAAAGAAUUUAACACUACGGAUAAUGUACUACAAUUAAUCUUUGAUGCUUUAACUAAAUCGAUAGAUCACGAUUUACGAUUAGAUAUUGAUCAAAAACCAUUAUUUAAAAAUGAAUGUAUAAAAAUAACCGAUUUAAAAAAGGGCGAUUGUGUUACAGGUCGAGUUGAAAAUGUUACCGAUUUUGGUAGUUUUGUGGAUAUAGGUGUAGGAAGAAAUGGUUUGAUCCAUAAUUCAAAAUAUAUGGGAAUUUCAUUGAAUUUAGGUGAUCACGUUGAAGUUGAAAUUCUGGAUGUGGAUAUUGGGCGGGGAAGAAUUGGUUUAGCAUUAAAAUGCGUAUUAAAUGGUGCCGUACGAUAACGGAUUUAAUUUUAAG